CUGUAGUCUCGGUGUGGAAUCUCGUAGCUGUUGCAUUUAUUUUACAGCAGCAUGGAAGCCCAGGACCCAAGCAGUUACUACCUGCUUCAACCAACCCAAGCCUAUUACCCAUUUUCAUACCAUCAAAUGAUGAAUGUGCCUUCGAAUAUGGAUCUAGGAAAUGAGCAGCAGACUCUGCAUCCUCUAACUGGUGUUCCAGCCCAUGAGCUGCAGGCUUUCUCUGGGAUGGCUGCUAACGAACCUCAAGUGCUCCAUACCCUCACUGGAGUGCAAGCCCAGGAACCUAUAAAUGGAGAGAUGCAAGUCCCAGAGAUGAUUCCAAAUCUUGCUGAAGCAGAACCCACAACGGGCAAGCGAAAAAGAGGCAAGGCUCCAUCAGAGCCAAAACCAAAAAAACAAGCUGCAAAGAGUGCGAAAGCUCCAAAAUCGUCUGGGAAGCAAGAGAAGAUCACAGAUACUUUUAAAGUGAAAAGAAAAGUGGAUCGUUUUAAUGGGGUCUCUGAAGCUGAACUCAUGACCAAGACUUUGCCAGACAUUCUAACAUUCAACCUGGAUAUUGUAAUUAUUGGGAUCAAUCCAGGUCUUAUGGCAGCAUACAAAGGCCACCAUUACCCAGGACCAGGAAACCACUUCUGGAAGUGUCUGUUCUUGUCUGGACUAAGUGAUAUGCAGCUUAAUCAUCUAGAUGACCAUUCACUUCCAGAAAAAUAUGGUAUUGGGUUUACUAAUAUGGUGGAAAGGACGACACCAGGGAGCAAGGACCUUUCAAGCAAGGAAUUUCGGGAAGGAGGGAGGAUUCUUUUAGAAAAGCUGCAAAAAUAUAAACCUCGUGUAGCAGCAUUCAAUGGAAAAUGUAUUUAUGAAAUUUUUAGUAAAGAAAUAUUUGGGGUAAAGAUUAAAAAGUUCGAAUUUGGAAUCCAGCCACACAGAGUCCCUGAAACAGACACAGUUUGUUAUGUCAUGCCUUCAUCGAGUGCUCGAUGUGCACAGUUUCCAAGAGCUCAGGACAAAGUCCAUCACUACAUUAAGCUAAAGGAGCUACGAAACCAGCUCAAGGGAGUAGAAAGCAGUCGGGAAGUCCAGGAAGUGCAGUACUCAUUUGACCUGCAGUUAGCACAAGCGGAUGCAAAGAGACAAGCUAUAAAGGAGGAAAAAUAUGACCCUGGUUACAAUGAAGCCACUGGAGAACAAUUCAAUGAGCAGACAACAAGCGGGGAAAGUGGAAUGUGCAACUUCUCAACAGAUGCCACCGUAUCAAGCAAUCCAGAGUUUAAUGGGCAAGGUCAAAAUGGACAAUGGAUUCCCCAGCCUGUUGCUGAACAGAUGUCGACUUACAACCACAGUGGCGAGCAACAGCAAGGAGGGAGCAACGCUUGAGACUGGGCCGAGUUCCAAGCUAUGCAAACGCUGCAGUUUUAUUGCAGUCUCAAGGAACCGAACCUCAGUUACAUAACUGAAGCCUUUAUUUUAGUUUUUACAUUUUACCUCUCAAUUUUAUUCUAGUGAAAUAUUAGUGUAGCUCUUACCUAAAAUUAGGUAGUUUUAAUGAAUUAUACUACAUUUUUUAGGAGAAAAGCAAAAAAAAAUUAGAGUAGCCUUUUUGAUUUUGUUUUUGUACAUUUGUUUUGUAUUUAACUUCAACUGUGCAAUGCAGUUAUUCACAAACUGCAUGUCCUGGACCUUUUGAUAAAAUGCUUGAGACAAGGCAGUUGCCACUUGUGAUUCCACCAAGUGGAGCCUUUGUUUGGAUAUAUAUAUUAAGGUCGGUGCUAUAAUGUAAGGACAUCACUUGUACUGAAUAUUAGAGCCACACGUUAUAACUGGUUCAGCUUAAUGGGUCAAGAUACUUAGAGCUAUAGUGAAUGACAGUAAAACAACAUGAUGCAGUUCAGUCAUAGACUUGCAGCAGAUUCUGCAUAUAGUAGCAUUUGACUAAGGUGCUUGUGCUGUCAGUUGUUUAGUGGAAAAAAUAUGCAGAAUUGUUUUUUUUUCUUUUUUUUUCUUUUUUUUUUUAUGGAUCCUCUCUGAGAUAUGGGCCAGCCUGUAUCCUUUCCAGGGUAGCUGAAUCUACUUUCAGAAGAUCCUGAAAGUCACACUGUGCAGGAAGGGGCCAGGUCUUGUAGUUGUACUAUGGUUUACAGGAGCACAGUUUAGGCAUUCCUGGAGUAGGAGUAAAAGACAUUCUGCAUAGAGUGAAAUGCCAUGCUGAAGAAAGAGUGAAAUGUCCUACAUAUUAUUUUUCUCUUACUAUUCCUACAAAGGUGUUCUGUGUACUUGAAAUAUAUAUAUAUAUAACAAAAUAAUUUAAAACAUCUGAUUAUUUUUUUUACUGUUAUUUUAAUCAUUCAGUGUAGGUUCCUAUUUAUUGUCUUAAAGUUGCAGUGCAUGCUCAGUCACUGCAGUGUAUUAACUUCAGACUUGUGUCCUGAGCCGUUGAUAUAAGGACGAACUCUGAGAAGCAAAAGGUACUGCUGUUUCUUCACAGUCUGAGAUAAUUCCCAAUAGAGCCUUCCCAGCUUGUGGCUAAGUGACUAUUCCGUAGUGAUGUAUUUUAUUUCACCUUAUCAGGCAAAAUAUUGACCUGAUAUAAAAACUCAGUGAGGAAAUCCAUUUCUUUUUAAAGUAAACUUUACCCCUAAGUGUUGCAGGUCUUUAUAAAAAUAUAGUCAAUUGAACAGCCUAUAUUUAUAGCAAUGUUUCAAAUUUCAACUUUUAUGGUGCAGUGUAGAACUAAAUAAAUGGGGACAGAAAUGAACUCAGAGCAUUGUAUUUGCUAUUUUUCUUCAAUAUUUACCCCCUUUUUCCCCUUUAGCACAUAAUAAGAUUACAGUAUGUCACCCUGCACCUGGUUUCAAGGGUUGCCAGUGCAGAAAAUAAGCAUUACAUUUAAGAUUUACUUUAGCUCAGCCUAACACCACUUUGUCCCAUUCCUCUCUUAAAUGGCUACUUGCAGUGAGCAGUGUAAGAACCUUUACUGCACAAAAACUGGGUUCCUAGCAUGACGGUUGUGUAAAGCUCACAAGCAGCACUCUUGGUCAGCAGCUAGUGAUCUCACAAAACAGUAAAGCUGGUUCUAUAUGAUAGAGUUCUGCAUCUGUUUAGAAUACAUGCAUGGAUUUGAGGCAGAAAAUCCCUGAUUCCCUGACUGAUGAGGUGCAGGUUCUAAUCUGGAAUUUGUCCCCCCACUUUUCUCCCAAGGAAAAUGAUGAGGUUUUUGAACCUGAUUGAUCCACCUCCCAAAGUGAAGUCCUCUGUAUACCCCCUAUAUGAUCAAUUAUCCCCCUGAGCCAAUGAAUGGACCAGCCCAAUUUGUCCCAGCACAUAAGUGUUCAAAUAGGACAGAUUAAUGUAUUGUGCCAUCUUAACUUGUGAUCUUAGAUUAGAGUGAGAUGCCUACAUUCUUUUAUGUAGUGCAGAGCUAGUUUAUUUUGUGCAUGUUUUGAGAACAAUAUGCAUUAAACCCUGUCUAAGAGUCUGAGCAGAGGAUGUAGCUUUUUCUGUACAUAUUCAGAUUCUUACACUUUUUUUUUUUACACUUUUGUUAAAACUGGACCAUCAUUUGUUUCUAUUAAUCUAACUAGUGGGGGCAGAUUAUGAGUUCAGGUACAGAGGCUUGGCACCUCUGGUUGGGAUAUACAAUGCAUUUUUUUUUUUUUUGUUUUUUUUUUAAAUGGGUGAAGAGCCCUUUUAAGCCUUGGGUAUGUUUACUUCAAAAUAAAUAUGUUCGGGUGCAGACUGUAGUAUUCCAAGAUGAUAUGUAACUACUCUUCUGUGGGUUUUAGUACUGACUUGCUAUAUGGUUUGUGUGACCACUGACUGAAUAGGAAAGAGCCCAGAAUAAUCAGACAGAUCUGGCCUCCCAAUCACUGUGCUUUCCAGUAGCUAUAAUUUAUUGUCCCUUGUAACAUAUCUCAAAUGCCCAUAUAUCUGUCUCUGAAGUCUGCAUUGGAGAGGCUUUUUUCUGUAACAAGCUACUUAUGCAUGCAAAGGUCAUUGUACCCACCUUUUUUUGGUGCCACUCAUGUCUGUAAGUGGGUACAUAGCUGGAGUCACCAUGUACAGGUAACCAAAACAAUAGGUCAUAGCUAUGGAAAGAGAUGGUUUAUGCUGAGUAGCAAUACCUAAUAACUAGAUAUGAGCUAACUGGACAUAAUGCACAUUUAUCAGAUUCCUGUAUCAUGGUUAAAUCUGUAUCAAUUAGUGAGAGACCAGUUCUUAAGCAAGCCCUAUGAUAAAGAACAGACACUGCUAUCUGGAUUGAUAGUAAUAAGGGAAUUAAAGAGUUUAGCCCUUGAUUAUUUUGUGACUGUGUUUAUACGUAUGUGCAAUAGAGACAAACCAUGCCUAUGAUUAUUUCCUACAUGACACACAUGUACUGUUGGCUUUCCAUUGCUGAAUUACCACUGUUAUUGUUUGGGAACUAUUGUAAAUGUGGUCAGUCACUUUUUUACAGAAUAAAAACAUUCAUGCA